AUGGCUGUGAGAGAUGAUGGUAGCGAUGGUAGCUUGAGCGAUAGCCACAUAUCUCCUCCAGCCAAACGUACCUUGAAACAUGCUGAUUCGGUAUGCAAAGACAAAUCGAAAUCUCGCAGUACUGGGCAGCGAGAAGAAUGGAGCAUCUCAGCUGGACAGUCCCGGUUAACUUCUCAGUCUGGUGCUACCUUACCAAAUGGGCGUAGUUUAUCUCUCAAAAGCUGUUCCCUUCGAGGGGAGAAAAAGGGAGACGGGGACCAUGCUUGUAUAAAUGGAGGCAGAGAAAUCAGAAAAAGUUGUCGAUCCAGAAAAAACAGAUUUGAAAGUUUGAAUCAGAGUUUGCUGUUUGACCAGCUAGUAAACAGUACUGCCGAAGCUGUUCUUCAAGAAAUGGACAAUAUUAACAUCAGACGGAAUAGGCGAUCUGGAGAGGUGGAAAGAUUGCGCAUGUGGACAGAUACGGAAUUUGAAAACAUGGAUAUGUAUUCACGUGUAAAAAGGAGGAGGAAAUCGCUGAGGAGAAAUAGCUAUGGAAUCCAGAACCAUCAUGAAGUGUCCACUGAAGGGGAAGAAGAAGAAUCGCAAGAAGAAGAUGGAGAUAUUGAAGCAGAGGAGGCAGAGGGGGAAGAAAACGAUCGUCCCUAUAAUCUGAGACAAAGAAAAACAGUGGAAAGAUAUCAGGCACCCCCUAUUGUGCCCGCUCACCAGAAGAAAAGGGAAAAUGCAUUGUUUGACAUUCAUAGGUCUCCUGCUAGAAGAAGCCAUAUCAGGAGGAAAAAGCACGCCAUUCAUAGCAGUGAUACAACCUCAUCAGAUGAAGAACGCUUUGAAAGAAGAAAAUCUAAGAGCAUGGCAAGAGCAAGGAACAGAUGUCUGCCUAUGAACUUCAGAGCUGAAGACUUGGCCAGUGGAAUCAUUCGCGAGCGAGUGAAAGUUGGUGCAAGCUUGGCUGAUGUAGAUCCGAUGAUUCUCGACAAAUCAGUGCGCUUUGACAGCAUAGGUGGAUUGAGCCAUCACAUUCAUGCACUUAAGGAAAUGGUUAUAUUUCCUCUUUUGUAUCCUGAAAUCUUUGAGAAAUUCAAAAUUCAGCCACCGAGGGGCUGUUUGUUUUAUGGUCCUCCUGGAACAGGUAAAACUUUGGUAGCUAGAGCUCUGGCCAAUGAAUGCACCCAAGGAGAGAGAAAGGUUGCGUUCUUUAUGAGGAAAGGAGCAGACUGUCUCAGCAAAUGGGUUGGUGAAUCUGAACGGCAACUCCGACUCCUGUUUGACCAAGCAUACCUAAUGAGGCCAUCCAUAAUCUUUUUUGAUGAAAUAGAUGGCUUGGCUCCAGUCCGUUCAAGCAGACAAGACCAGAUUCACAGCUCUAUAGUAUCCACCCUGCUUGCUCUCAUGGAUGGGCUGGACAACAGAGGCGAAAUAGUUGUCAUUGGUGCUACAAACAGACUUGAUUCUAUAGAUCCAGCACUCAGGAGACCUGGUCGCUUCGACAGGGAAUUUCUUUUCAGCUUGCCAGAUCAAAAGGCAAGAAAGCACAUUUUACAAAUUCAUACCAGGGACUGGAACCCCAAAUUGUCAGAUCCUUUUUUAGGAGAGUUAGCUGAGAAAUGUGUCGGGUAUUGUGGAGCUGACAUAAAAGCACUUUGCACUGAGACAGCCUUGAUCGCUCUGCGACGGCGUUACCCUCAGAUCUAUGCGAGCAGCCAGAAGUUGCAGCUGGACGUUUCGUCAAUAGUCCUCAGCGCACAAGAUUUUUACCACGCCAUGCAGAACAUUGUGCCUGCCUCACAGCGUGCUGUCAUGUCAUCGGGGCAUGCACUGUCCCCCAUCAUAAGGCCGUUGUUGGAAAGUACCUUCAGUAGCAUUCUGGCAGUUUUACAUAAAGUGUUUCCCCACGCUGAGUUCAGCCAGGGUGACAAGAGAGAAGAUACACCAAGUCUAAUUAUGGAUGAUAGUGAAGAUGAAAAUGCGACAUCAAUAUUUGAGACAAGUUGCCAGUCAGGAUCACCAAAGAAACAAUUAUCAGCUGUUGUACAUAAAUCCUACCUUCAUUUUACGAUGUCAGCUUACCACCAGCCCACCUCUUACAGGCCAAGAUUACUGCUUUCUGGAGAAAGGGAUUCAGGUCAGACUUCACACCUUGCUCCAGCCCUAUUGCACUCUCUUGAAAAAUUUGCUGUACACAGAUUAGAUCUGCCAGCACUCUAUUCAGUCAGUGCCAAAACACCUGAAGAGUCCUGUGCGCAGAUCUUUCGUGAAGCGAGAAGAACACUACCAAGUAUUGUUUACAUGCCUCAGAUUGGCGAUUGGUGGGAAGCCGUCAGUGAAACUGUGAGAGCCACAUUUCUAACUUUGCUGCAAGACAUACCAUCAUUCUCACCUAUAUUUCUACUUUCUACCUCUGAAACCAUGUAUAGUGAACUGCCUGAAGAGGUGAAAUGUAUCUUUAAAAUCCAGUACGAAGAGGUUUUUUAUAUUCAGAGACCUAAUGAAGAAGACAGGCGGAAGUUUUUCCAAGAGCUGGUUCUAAACCAGGCAUCGAUGCCUCCUCCGAGAAGGAAGCAAACUGCUCUUUCUGAUCUGGAGGUGCUUCCCCUUGCACUACCCUCUCCGACCCGCCAGCUGUCAGAGGCAGAACAGCAGCGAAUGGAAGACCAAGAAGAGAACACGUUGCGAGAGCUGCGGCUGUUUCUCAGGGAUGUUACCAAGAGGCUGGCCACAGACAAGCGCUUUAACAUCUUCAGCAAACCGGUGGAUAUUGAAGAGGUUUCAGACUAUCUGGAAGUUAUCAAAGAGCCGAUGGACUUGUCUACAGUAAUAAGUAAAAUUGACAAGCAGAACUAUUUAACGACAAAGGAUUUCCUCAUAGACAUCGAUCUCAUCUGUAGCAAUGCGUUGGAGUAUAAUCCUGACAAAGAUCCGGGGGAUAAAAUAAUUAGACACAGAGCCUGUACUCUGAAGGACACUGCUCAUGCUAUCAUUGCUGCUGAGUUGGAUCCAGAGUUUAAUAAAAUGUGUGAAGAAAUCAAGGAAGCAAGGAAAAAAAGAGGCUUAUCAGUAGCAGCAGAGCAAGCAAAUCCUCACGACACUGUACAGAAAACAGAAACUAGAGUUGAAGAGGGUUUUCAGAACAAACAAAAAAAUGCAAUGUCAGUCUGGCAGAACUCUGCAAAUAAAUGUGCAUUUCGGUUAAGGAGGAAAUCAAGACGCCGUUCACAGUGGGGGAAAGGCAUUAUUAAAAAGAGAAAAGUCAAUAAUCUGAAAAAAGAUGAGGAUGAUGCCAAGUUUGCUGAUGAUGAAAACCAGGGGGAGGACAGCAAGCUGCUGGAGAACGGGGAGCUUGAGGGGAGCACGGACUGCGUGGAGGAGAACGGAGAGGAGACGGGGGAUCUCUCCAUGACGAACGACGAGUCCUCUUGCGACAUCAUGGAUAUACACACGGAACAAAGACUCAAUAACGGGAUGGUGGGGAAAGAAAAUAAUAUUCCAUCCACAGAAGAGAGUUCAAAUGAAUCUCUGCUAGUGAGUAACAAGGUUACUGUGAGCGCAGGGAAGGACUCGAAAAAGGAGUCCUCGUUCAAGAGCGACUGUCUGAACGGAGAGGCCUCUGAGGGCACACCCGCUCCAGCAUGUCAGUAUGACAAAUGUGAUUCACUGAAUGCUGCUUCACCUUCUGGCAACCCCAACACAUCUGCUCCCGUACAAAACGCAGCCACUGAUGAUCACCGAAAAGAGAAUGCAGAAGCUUCUGGUGGGAGCCCGGAAGUCGAACAGAUGAAGCCGUCAGGUGCGGAGGCACCACAAUGCAGCAAUAAUGAAAAGAGAUCACAAGGCGUAGACGUUGAGGCUAGAGAAACGGAAUCGGAUAAAGAAGGUACACUGAAAAAUAAAAAACCUCGUAAAGUUCCUUUGGCACAGGUUCCAGAGGAGCAGUUGGAUCCUGUACCUCCUGUAGUUGUUGACCACGACAGAUUAAAGAGCUUGCUUGAUUUGCUGGUUAAGAAAAGUGACAACCUGACUGUCGCUCAGCUUGAAAGGCUGUACUCGCUUCUCAAUCAGUGUAUCUACCGGCAUCGUAAGGAUUAUGACAAGUCACAGCUUGUAGAGGAGAUGGAAAGAACUGUUCGUACAUUUGAAACAUUCCUGUGAACCCUUCAAGGUGUGAGAGGUUUAUCUCUUCGUAAGCUGCUCGUGAGAGAGCAGUCUUCUGAGCCAUUUGGUUUCCAGUUGCACCAAGUAUGUGCAGAGCCCUUGGUCUUCGCAUGCUUGCUCUCUCUGUCUCACUUUCUGUUAUGAAUUUGGUGCUAUUGUCUCAGGUACCUGAAACCAGCCAGCCUACAAGAACCAAACGGAACUUCAUAAAUAUUUGUAUCUUGAUAUAGAUAAAAGAAUACAAUGCCACAACUUGGAGAUAUUUUUUUUUUGGUGCUACAGAAACUGCUCUCAUUUCUGCUGUCUACAUGCAUUAUUUUGUGAGAAGCUUCAGGCAGAGUGGAGCAGGCUGAGGAGAAAACAAAACAAAAACCACCACACACAAACUGGAUAGAGCUGAUCUAAACUGAUUGUUUUGAAGUGGGCAACUUUUAAAAUUUUACUUUCAGUCGUCUCCCCCCCUCCCUUUUUUUUUUAAAUUCUCCGAGGUAAUGGACUGAAGCCUGUUUUUACAGCUGGCAGUGAAGAAUUGUGGUAACAAUUAAUUAUUAACUUGGUAUACAAUAAUGUGAAGAUGAGGCUCUCUAGAGUUGCCUUCAAUGUGCCUUUUUAGUCAGAGGAGGAAGAGAGGAGGGAGAGGAGAAGACUAUUAAAAUGGUUGGGAUUGUAGCCAAUGGCAGAGUUAGAAAGUUUUUUUUCCCAAAAGCCUGUGUUCCCAAAGAACAGCUUCAGGUUCCCACACUGUCGAACAGCAGCCAGUAUUAUGUUUUAACAUGUUGAUGUUGCUCUGCGGAAGAUUAAAUUAUGGAAAUAACCACAGGUUAUCUCAGAGUAGUAAAAAAUGCAUUUGUUUCACAGGUGUAUUUGUUUUUUUACAACAAAUUACUGGUGAAAAGUUUGCAGUUGGUAUUUAAGGGGGCUGUAGUUAUUUUUUAAAAAACAUGUUCCAUCAUUUCUUAAGAUUUUUUUCUAUACCUUCAUUAUGUUGGAAGCUAAGACUAGCUGGGUGGCCAUAGGCAGAAGAGAUGGUUUGUUCUGCAAUCCCUUCAAAGCAUGAAUUAGACCAGGCUCAUGUUCGGUUCAAUCCGUAUUGAAACAGUAUUAAUGAGAAAAUAACUGAGUCACACCGUUCUUUGGUUGUUGGCUGUUUUUUUGGACCACUGAAUUAGCCUGUGAGGGUUGUAGUUCUCUGGAGCUUAAUGAUGUGGCAAUAGUUCUCAAGCUCUGUUUUUUUUUGGGGGGGGGGAGUAAGAGGUGGCACACUCUAGGCAGCAGGACAUCUGUGGCAGGCCCAGCCAUUCAGCAGUCCCCCGGACAGAUUUCUCUCAGCUCUCCCC